GUACUGUACGUUUCCCACUGAUCCGAUAACCAUUCUUAUGGGAAGACAUUUAAAUGUAACGACAUGUCGUACCGUGUACGUGCUGUAAGUCAGCUUCUAUACAUGCCAUCGGCGUGUUGGGAAUGAAGUAAGAAAAUACUGAUUAAGCCCCAGCUAGGUAGGUCUGAUGUAAUCCUAUCAGUUAAUAGAUCUGCUUUGCAUUCUCUUUUCACAGCAUUUUCGAUGAUGAUCAUCCUUGCUCUCAUUCGCAUUCAUCAAGGUAAAGGCAAGAAUCUACACGUCAGUGCUGGAGACUUCGGUGGCGUCCCAAACUUAUUCGGCGUCUGCAUCUACGCGUUUAUGUGCCAGCACUCUCUCCCAUCCUUCAUAACACCAAUGAAAAGCAAAUCCCAUGUCAAUUUGAUAUUUGUAGUGGACUUUGGCAUCAUCUUAUUGUUCUACUCACUGCUAUCCUUCUCAGCCAUGUUUGCAUUCGAUGACCUCCUAGAUCUAUACACGCUCAACUUCCACGCUUAUGACCCAUUCAUUCAUUAUUUCCUAGCACUAUUCCCUGUYUUCACUCUUAGUACCAACUUUCCUAUAAUCUCAGUAACACUCAGAGACAACCUUAAGAAUCUAUUCUACCGCGCAGGACACCCAUAUCCUUGGGUUAUUGACAAGAUUGUUUUCCCUCUUGUGACCAUCUUACCACCAAUCGCUGUUGCAUUCGCGACGGACAACCUUGAAAUAUUAGUAGGAGUGACUGGUUCGUACGCCGGGACUGGAGUACAAUAUAUUAUUCCAGCCACACUAGUUUACUUUGCUAGAAAGCAAUUAAGAGAGUUGGCCAAUAGUUAUGAUAAUAAGCACAGGUCGAAGUUUAGACAGAGGUCCUGGAUAUUCUUUGUCCUUAUAUGGGCUGUUAUCGGUAUAGCAUUCAUAACAGCCAAUCAUAUCAUCACAAGGAAAUGAUGCAACAUUUCUCAAUCUACUGAAUAACAACCCUGUAAAAUAUUGUGAACUUAGGAUUGAUAAAUAAAUGGGAUGCCGAGGGGCAAGUUGUUUGUAUCUAUUUAUUUGAGCGACUGUUGAUAAGUUUAUACUAAAAYAAUUAGACGUCUCGCUCUCAUAGACAGUUUAAUGUCAUUUUAUACGAAUAAAA